AUGUCAAUAUUUCCAAGACCGCAGUUGCGUUUUGCAGCCAGCCCCUUUUCUCUCAUCCCGGCCCCUUGUCUCCUCCACCUUUUACUAGCCUUCACUACCCUCCAAAGACUCCGUGGUCCCGAUUUUCCCGCGCUCCCGGCCCGGACGUUGGUGCCCCGAGCGCCUGCCGCCUCUGACAUGCGCAAAGGGGGCGGUGCACUGCGCAUGCGGGAAGAUGGCGGCCUGACGUCUUCAAUUCCCGCAGGUCACCUUCUUCUUCUCCGCUCUGCAUUUAGCAACGCUCGGGUUCCUAGGGUGGUGACGCUUGUACCCGCGUGUUGGAGGCGGUACUCGCCUGGGGUUGCGAGAAGGCGGGAAGAGGGCUCGGGGUGCGAGGAGGGAAUGGCUACUUGGCUCGGCGGCGUGAAUCAGCAGCGGCCAGCGAGGAAAUUGCCCAGCCUCCUCGUAGACCCGGCAGAGGAGGGGGUCCGCCGCCGCUGCCGAGACCCCAUCAAUGUGGAGAGCCUGCUGCCAUCAAAAAUAAGGAUUAAUUUGGACAAUAACAUACAGUAUGUGUCCAUGAGAAAAACUCUAAAAGUGAAGAGACCUCGUUUUGAUGUAUCACUGGUUUAUUUAACUCGAAAAUUUAUGGAUCUUGUCAGAUCUGCUCCUGGGGGUAUUCUUGACUUAAACAAAGUUGCGACAAAACUAGGAGUACGAAAACGGAGAGUAUAUGACAUCACCAAUGUCUUAGAUGGGAUCGACCUAGUUGAAAAAAAAUCUAAGAAUCAUAUUCGCUGGAUAGGAUCUGAUCUUAAUGAUUUUGGAGCUCUCCCCCAGCAAAAGAAGCUACAAGAGGAGCUGUCUGACUUAGCAACAAUGGAAGAUGCUUUGGAUGAAUUAAUUAAGAAUUGUGCACAGCAGUUGUAUGACUUAAUAGAUGACAAAGAAAAUGAAAGAUUAGCAUACGUGACAUAUCAAGAUAUUCAUAGCAUUCAAGCUUUCCAUGAACAGAUUGUUAUUGCAGUGAAAGCUCCAGCGGAAACCAGAUUGGAUGUUCCAGCUCCCAGAGAAGACUCUAUCACUGUACAUAUAAGGAGUACCAAUGGACCUAUUGAUGUUUAUUUAUGUGAAGUGGAACAGGAAAAUGCAAGUAACAAAGUACAGCGAGAUGGAGGGACCUCUUCAUCUGAAAACAAGUCUAAUGAAGAAGAAAAUCCUCCUCAGCAAAGUGAAGGAUCACAUGAAGUGACUGACUGA